ACACUCUCACUCAAAUCUAUUUUUCUCUUUACAGUCAGAGAGAGAGAGAGACAGAGUCACAAAAGAGACAACAAUGGCGGUGAAAAGCAAGAAGAAGAAAAUGGUCCUUAAGGCAGUAUCUGUCGUAGACAUAGGUUGUAGUAACUGUAAGUUCCCAACCUUGUCUUCUCUUUUCAACCGUUCCUCCAAAAAGCCCCGCCUCUACUCCUCUACUUACGGCCACUCCUCCACAACCACCACCGUCUCUUCCUCCUCAGCCAUUCCCUCCACCAAUCACUGGUUCUCCGACAACACCUCUUCCUCCUCCUCCGCCACACCCUCCGCCGCCGUAGCCGUCGAGAAAGAUUCUGACGACCCUUACCUCGAUUUCCGCCAGUCUAUGCUUCAGAUGAUUCUUGAGAACGAGAUUUACUCCAAAGAUGAUCUGAGAGAGCUUCUCAACUGUUUCCUCUCGCUCAACGAGCCUUACCACCACAGCAUCAUCAUCCGCGCUUUCUCAGAGAUAUGGGAAGGAGUGUUCUCCGCAGCCGUCAAACGCCGUGGUAGCGUCCAAGAGUCGCCGCUCAUCCGUCAUCAUGGACCGUCACGGGCCUCACGUGAUUACCAUAAUCACCAUUACCAGUGAUCGAUGUAAUGUUAACUCCUUUUGUUUAGGGGACGUAACUCUUUUUAAGUUUUAACUAAGUAUUAUGCCACGUUACCAAUAAUGUAUUGACACGUUGACUAUCCAUUACAACUACUACCGAUGUGUCAAUACAUUAUUGGGUUUGUGCUUUUUUUAACUUCUUAUCUUAAGCUUUGGGAUUUUCUUGUUUGUCUUUGAAGUGUAACGACAACAAUGGUAGGAUGUUAUGUAAAAUGACCUUUCGUUAUAUAAACUAG